AUGGCCAUCUGGUGCCUGGUCCUUCUCACUGGGACCUUCCUGGCAGCCUCCCAGUCAACCCUAGCCCAGGCAUAUGCACUGCUGGUCUUCCCAGGCCAGAUGGUCCAGCUCUCCUGCACGCUCAGCAACCCCCAUGCCUCCAUCAGUGACUACGGCAUGUCCUGGUACCAGCAACGGGCAGGAAGUGCACCCCGAUACCUCCUCUAUUACCGCUCCGAGGAAGAUCAGCACCGGCCUACUGACAUCCCUGCCCGCUUCUCUGUAGCCUGUGACACAUCUGAUAACACCUGCAUCCUGACCAUCAGCCCUGUGCAGCCUGAAGACCAUGCAGAUUACUUCUGCUCUGUGGGUUCCAGCGCCUAG